AUGGGAGGUGGCCGCAACCCUCAUCGUGAAGAGCAGGUGAAGGGUCUGAACAAUGUGGCUUUGGCCCAUGGUAAAGCAGCCAUCCGUGAAAACUCGGGCCGCCCUCUGGUUAGGGACUUGGUCGCUGAGCUCUUGCGCCUGGAACUGAUUGCCGUGCAGCGGGACAAAGUUUCCCAGCUUUCAGCCUCAUAUGAGGCAAGCUUCGGGGAAGCGGGCGAGGGCCCCCAACCCGAAGCCAACGAGGAGCACAAGGCGUGCAAAGUCUCUGCAGGAGCCAUCCGCCUAGGCCAUUUCUACGUGGUGGCGGACUUGUUCCACUACACCACGUACCCCCCCUUCCAAGCUUAUGCUGUGGAAGGGUGGUGGCUGGACAACCUCCUCAAGGGCGGGAAAUUGACCCGACAAACCUACCUGACCACGGUAGGGUUCCAGAAGAGGUUGGGGGAUUGCAAGGCAGCGGAAAGGUUUUUGCGAGAAGAGGUGGUGCGCGAUAAACCCCACAUCUGA